UCCGGAUCUUGUUUCGGGUCUAGCUAGCCUAAGUAAAAAUAAAGCCCAUUAAAAGCCCAUUAUGUACCAAAAACUCUGCAAAUGCCUUGUUUAGCCAAAAACUCCUCUGUAAAACCCUUUCAUUUUCCGAUUUGGGUAUCGAUCGCUUCGUCUUCGUAGUCGCCUUCGAAUUCGCAGAGUGAGGAACGAUGAAGGUGAGAUCAUCUGUGAAGAAGAUGUGUGAGUUUUGUAAGACAGUGAAACGUCGUGGACGAGUGUAUGUGAUAUGUUCAUCCAAUCCAAAGCACAAGCAAAGGCAGGGAUACUGCUCAAUCGCUCAUGAUGGGAUUAUACCUCCUCCCUUGAUGUCUGAGUCGAUUGCUAAUCAGGAGGUGUUGAAGCUGCCUGGUCAAGGCGUAUCAGCCGGUCUGGCAUCACUUUUACACAAAAGGACUGAGCCAGCAGCGGUUUUCGGAUGGAGGGCAGGUCUUGCCUCCAUUCUCUUUAAACAAGGGAACUAGUAAGUUAAACCAGCAUUUCCCUUUUUGACCUCUGGAGUUGUUAUCCGAUUUCUCGUGAGAUGAAACAUUUGUUGUAUAUCUCAACACUUUUUAAUUUGGUCAGUUGUAGGCUCUUCUAGACCCGCUUGAUUUGCUUGCGCCUUACAUGACCUGAACAAAGAGAUAUAUGACACACUUGAAUAUUUGCUUUUUAGAAUUUCUCGGU